AUGGCAACAAAGACGAUGCAAUACACUAAUUAUGAGUUCACCAUGGAUGAACCAAUUCAAGAUACGCUGAUACGAGAUGCAAAAAGUAUUUAUAAGAACAUAUUACAGUCUUGCUUUCAUCAAUACGACAAUGAUAAUAUAGUGAAAAAAUGGGAUUUAUGGGGAUCUUUUAUUGUUUAUGUAACCUUAUCAAUAAUUAUAUUUUUGGAUAAGGAGAUAUUGGACAAGAAGAACACAUUUGCAUAUUUUUUUGUCAUUUUUAUGGUUGGGCAUAUUUUAGUUUCCUUAAAUUUGUCUUUACUACAUAUAAAAAUACAUUUUUUUCAGUCAUUAUGCAUUAUUAGCUACUCUUUAUUUCCAAUAGUAUUUUCCUCAUUUAUUAAUAUGUUUAUACCCUGUAAAAUGCUCCAGCUUUUAUUUUCAAUAAUAUCCACAGUAUGGUCAUCCUACAAUUGUAUCCUUAUUUUAGGAAAAUUCACAAAAAAUAAUAGAUUAAUGAUUUCUUUUUUCCCAAUUUGCUUAUUUCAAUUUUUUAUAGCUACACUUUUGUUAAUUAAAUAA